AUGGCAGCGAUCGCAUUUGGCUGCUCCAGCUUUGCUUUACUUCGCGCCAAACAAAACGAUGCCGCUCCGGAACCGCUUCUGUGCGCGCAGAACUUCAGCUUGUUGCGAUUGAAGCAGAGCUUGAGAAGUUGUGCUUCGCCGGCGCGGUGGAGGAGCAUCGGGGUCCCACGCGCCUCCGUGGAGGUGGUGGACGAUCGACUUAUUGAGAGAGAAGAGAAGGAGAAUGUUAGGGUUCUGAGAGUGGGGGUAAUUUGUGGAGGUCCCUCGGCGGAGCGUGGAAUUUCUCUCAACUCAGCUCGAUCAGUUCUUGAUCACAUUCAGGGAGGUGAUAUACAUGUGAAUUGCUAUUACAUUGAUCCUGACCUUAAUGCGUUCGCAAUAUCCCCUGCUCAGGUAUACUCAAACACUCCUGCGGAUUUUGAUUUUAAACUUGCAAGCCUUGCCCAAGGUUUCGAGUCUUUGUCCAACUUCGCCGAACACCUGGCUGCCUCUGUGGACAUAGUGUUUCCAGUCAUACAUGGUAAAUUUGGUGAAGAUGGUGGCAUUCAGGAGUUGCUGGAAAAGUAUAACAUUCCAUUUGUUGGCACGGGAUCAAGUGAGUGUUGCCAAGCAUUCGACAAGUACAAUGCCUCAUUGGAGCUCAGCAGACAAGGAUUCAUAACAGUACCAAGUUGUUUAAUACAGGGAAGUGAAGCAGAUGAAUCUGAACUGUCAAAGUGGUUUGCAAGAAAUCAACUGGACCCUACGUCAGGGAAAGUUGUGGUAAAACCAACACGAGCAGGAUCAAGCAUUGGUGUUACGGUUGCAUAUGGCCUGGCUGAUUCCCUUAGCAAGGCUAAUGCAAUUAUUACAGAGGGAAUUGAUUCCAGAGUCCUAGUUGAAAUCUUUCUUGAAGGAGGGAGUGAGUUUACAGCAAUUGUUCUUGAUGUGGGAUCUGGUUUAGAUUGCCAUCCUGUUGUAUUACUACCAAGUGAGGUGGAACUUCAAUUCCAUGGCAGUGUUGAUGUUACGGAGAAGGAUGCAAUUUUUAACUACCGGAGGAAAUACCUUCCAACACAGCAGGUUGCCUAUCACACUCCACCUCAUUUUCCUAUUGAUGUCAUUGAAAGUAUUCAAGAAGGAGCAUCUCGGUUAUUCCAAAAGCUUGGCCUCCGUGACUUUGCUCGAAUUGAUGGAUGGUUUCUGCCUCAAUCUAUUCAUGUAACAUCAUCGUCAGAUAGCAAAUUCGGAAGGACUGAGAUGGGUACAAUAUUAUUUACUGACAUUAACCUGAUUAGUGGGAUGGAGCAGACCAGCUUUUUGUUUCAGCAAGCCUCGAAGGUUGGUUUUUCUCAUUCAAAUAUUCUCCGGAGCAUAAUUCGUCAUGCUUGUGUGCGGUAUCCGAAUCUUGCAUCCUUUGGCAGCGUAUCAGAUUAUGCGCCUAGAAGAUCAAAAACCUCACUGCUUAAUGAAGCAGUUCAUAAUUGUAAAGGCACUCGCAAAGUUUUUGUUAUUUUUGGAGGAGAUUCAUCAGAGAGGCAAGUAUCUCUUAUCAGCGGAACAAAUGUUUGGCUCAACUUGCAAGCUUUUGAUGAUCUCGAAGUAAUUCCAUGUUUGCUUGCCCCCACAACUGGAGAUUCAUCUAACGAAGUUGAUGUGAGUUCCAGAACAGUUUGGUCUUUACCUUAUUCUCUUGUGCUAAGACACACCACAGAAGAAGUUCUUGAUGCAUGCACAGAGGCAAUUGAACCUGACCGAGUUGCACUUACAUCUCACUUAAGGAACAGAGUUGUUCAAAAUCUCAUGGAAGGCUUGAAGAAACAUUCCUGGUUUACAGGUUUUGAUAUUACUGAUGAACCACCUGUAAAAUUAACAGUUGAACAGUGGAUCAAGCUAGCCAAGGAAGCUCAGGCUACAGUUUUUCUUGCAGUACAUGGAGGCAUUGGUGAAGAUGGCACACUUCAAUCUUUGUUGGAAGCUGAAGGGAUUCCACAUACAGGUCCUGGAGUGAUGGCUUCAAAGAUUUGUAUGGACAAACUUGCAACAUCUCUUGCUCUGAAACAUCUGUCGGACUUAGGAGUUCUUACUAUAAACAAAGAUUUGAGGAGAAAAGAGGAUCUCCUUAGUAUGCGAAUAGGAAAUGUAUGGCAUGAUUUGAUCUCAAAGCUUCAGUGUGAAACAAUAUGUGUUAAACCAGCAAGAGAUGGAUGCUCAACUGGGGUAGCAAGGUUAUGCUGCGUCGGAGACCUUUCAGUCUAUGUAAAAGCAUUGGAAGACUGUGUUCUCCGGAUUCCUCCUAAUUGUUUGUCAAAGGCUCAUGGAACCAUUGAGAUGCCAAACCCCCCUCCGGAGCUCUUAAUCUUUGAACCUUUUAUCAAUACUGAUAAUAUAAUUGUAUCUAAAAAUGAAAAUGGACAUCAGAUCUUGUGGAGUGGACAGAGUAGAUGGGUUGAAAUAACUGUUGGCGUUAUUGGGAAACAAGGAUCAAUGCGUUCGUUGAGUCCUAGCAUCACUGUCCGGGAGAGUGGUGACAUUUUAUCUCUUGAGGAGAAAUUUCAAGGUGGGACUGGCAUCAAUCUCACUCCACCUCCAUCAUCAAUUAUUAGCAACGAGGCCUUGCAGAGAUGUAAGCAACGUAUUGAAAUAAUUGCAAACACUCUUGAAUUGGAGGGAUUUUCCCGAAUUGAUGCAUUUGUUAAUGUAGAUAGUGGCGAGGUCUUGAUCAUAGAGGUCAAUACGGUGCCCGGAAUGACGCCUUCCACUGUCCUUAUUCAUCAGGCACUGGCAGAGGAACCACCCAUGUACCCUCACCAGUUUUUCCGUACACUGCUUGAUUUGGCAUUAGAGAGGAACAUCUGA